AAAUGAAGUCGGCGUCGUUGCAGCAGUGAAGUGUGUCAAAUAUUGGUGUUCGAUACUUUAAUAGGAUAUUUUGGGUUCGGAAACUAUUAAAUUCUCAUGUGAAAUUGUGAAUUCUUAAUCUGUAAUAAAGAAAUAAAACAAAGAAAGGAUCGGAACGUCGAGAAAGAAAGAUAAGUCAGGAAGGUUGACAUUUGCGUUCAGCUCGAAUUGCGCGCGCACUUAAAGGUAAAGGCAGAUUGUAACGAAGAUAGUGAAAAAGAAUAAAAGAACAGUCAAGGAAAACAAAAUAAGAAAUACAAAAGGAACGAUGAGAAAGGUAAAAAGAGAGAAGAGGAUGUACGAUUAGCGAGGUGACGAACGAGAGCAAAAGAGAAAAGAAAGGACGGCCGUGGCGUACGCGCAGCACGAGCUGCGCACAGUGCAACAGAAAAACAAAAACUCAGCAUGAGAUGAACAAGGUUAGUUAGCAAAAGAAAGUAACACGAUGGAGAGAAAAAAGAAAAAAAGACAAAAAGUAUUACGAAACCUGUGCAGGAAGAUAGAACGACCAGACAAGUUACAACAAGGAUGGAUAGUGAUUGGAAAGAAGAUAGAAAAUGAAUGUUUUAUCGUGGCAUACGCUCUGCACGAGCUGACCAUCGUAUAACAGAGAAAGAGAGGUACUGUUACUGUUAGGUAGAGAGAAAUAGUAAGAAUAAAGGAUAGCAAACAAAGAACAGGAUAAAAAUCGUCGAAGGAUCGUAGUAAGAAGUUGUAGAAGUGAGAUGGAAAAUUCCUGUAAAGGAAGAAAGAAGAGGAGAAAUAGGUACUUGGUGGCGCACGCGCAGCACGAGCUGCGCACGGUACUAUAGAAAAAGAUGCACAGUAAAAGAAAUAAAGAGAGUGAAAGAAGGAUAGAAAGUACGUUAAAAGCCAAGAAGCCGGCAGAGGAAGUAGUGUGAACAUGGUGAGAGCAAGGAAGAAAAGAAAGGAUGCUCGUUUCUGGCGUACGCGCAGCACGAGCUGCGCACGGUAGCAUUUGGCGCAUGCGCGGCACAUGCCUGUACUCAGAUCAGAGAAACGAGUGCGAGAGAAGCACGUGGUAAGGUUGUGCUGGAGGAGGAAAGAAAUUACGUCGACAUCGAGAAGCAACAAAGGAUAGAGAACGCCGUAUGUUGAAGAAGAAUGCUAAGACAUCACAAGUAUUGCUGAAGAAGAUAGCCGAAACUCCGUUUGCAUGAUGCUGACAGCUGCCUUUUACAUAAUUUGAAUAGAUGUUACAGACUGUCCAGGAUGGACGUAAUAGCGUACAAUCACCAUCACGAGAUCGCGAGCGUCGAGUACAGUAUCGAUGACGGUGACCUCGAGAGCCAGAAUGAGGACGAAGAUGAGGAUAUAUCCCCGUAUAUCGACAUCGAUCAGCGUGUUCUGACCCUGGAACGGCUGUCCGCUGCAAAUGGCGAGAAGAAAGACAAAACACCGUUGAGGAGAAGUUUAUUCUCGUACGUGGCGCCGUACAUCGUGUUCCAGUCGUUCGACUGCAAGGGGCCAAUAAUGCCGCACGAAGUAACCAAACACCUGAAGUGGCAUCUGAGCACGAUCACACCAUUAAUCGUACGUCGUACCUUGAUCAACUCAGGUUUUCAACUGAUGAAGAGGUGCCAGGAGUGGUGCGGCACCUGGGGCAAGCACAUGAAGUCGUCGUGCUUCAGGGCGGUGAAGGAGUCCCAGAAGAUCAAUCAUUUUCCGGGCACGUUCCAGAUAGGACGUAAGGAUUGUCUCUGGGUGAAUCUGAGCAAGAUGAUGUUGAAACACGAGGUGAAGGAGUUCGAUUUCGUUCCACGCACCUACGUUCUGCCCCGCGAUCUCACCUGUUUCCGUCAAGUUUGGAAAAAGUUCGGCAGCAAGGGGAAAUGGAUCGUGAAACCGCCCGCCUCCGCCAGGGGUACGGGUAUCAAGGUGGUGCACCGUUGGUCCCAGAUACCGAGGAAACGGGCCGUGAUAGUGCAACAAUACCUGUCCAGGCCUAAACUGAUAAGCGGCGCCAAGUUCGAUCUGCGCCUCUACGUUCUUGUAACGAGUUUCAACCCUUUGAAGAUCUACCUCUACCCGGACGGCUUGGUCCGUUUCGCCUCGGUCAAAUACAACGACGACAUAAACUACCUCAGCGACCGUUUCAUGCAUUUGACCAAUUACAGCAUCAACAAGACAAACUCCACCUACACGAGCAACGAUUGCGUUGAUUCUUGCACGGGGCACAAAUGGGCUCUGAGAACGCUUUGGUCCUAUCUUGAGAAGGAGCACGUGAACGUUUCGAAAUUGUGGGCGACCAUGAAGGACAUAGUGGUGAAGACGAUGAUCGCUGGCGAGUCGAACAUCACUCCGUUGACCAGGGUCAACACGACAUCGCGUUACUGUUGCUACGAGCUGUUCGGCUUCGACAUACUUCUCGACGAGAAUUUGAAACCCUGGCUGCUCGAGGUGAACAUAUCGCCCUCGUUGCAAUCCUCCUCGCCGCUCGACACCGCCAUUAAGGGUCCAUUGAUCAAGACUGUGUUCAACAUAGCCGGAUACCAAUUGCCAAACACGUUGUCGUUCGAGGAAGCGAGAAAAUUAGCGGAGAAGUAUCAGUUGGAUAUGGUGUGCCAGGAUUACAGGCUGUAUAAACUCGGGUUGAAUAACCAGGAACGGAUUAAGCAUUCGAUCUAUAUGAAUUUGAGGAAUCGUGAGGAUUACGUGGAGUCCAUUAUCAAAAAUCUGACCCCGGACGACGUUAGACAAUUGAUCAUGUACGAGGACGAGCUGACGCAAUUGGACAGGUUCGAGAAGAUCUUUCCAACUGCCAAUAGCUACGAGUACCUGCAGUACUUUGACGUUCCAAGGUACUAUAACAUGUUGUUUGACGCGUGGGAGGUGAAAUACGCGGAUAACAGAUCGGAAGGGAUAAUGAGAUUGCAAAAACUGUGCCAGCAAAAGUAUCAUUUGGAACCGGUCUGUUAAUAAGGGAUACAUUGUGUUCUUAUUUAGGGACCUAAACUGUAUAAGGGUUUUUUUUUUUUUUUUUUUUAUAUAGCUUAAACUCAUAAUCGAUAAAGCGACGUGAAAAAUGAAUCAGAAAAGGAAAGAAAAAAGAGAAAAAUAGAAAAAAAAGAAAACACAAAACUUCGCUCUAUCCCUUUUUUAUAUAGAUACCGUAAUAUGUAUCACCAACUUGUAUAGGAAAUACAAUUGUUGUAUAGAAAUGAUUGGAUAGAAAGGUUACGUCACCAGAUGUUUACGUCAUGUGCCUUUACUACGGUUGUGCAAAUUUACCUUAAUGUAAAUGGCAUUAUUUGACUUAAUAAAAACGAUUUUACAACGAUAGAAAUUGUCGCAAUGGAUUUUUUUCUUUCUUUUUCUAGUUUUCUUAUUUUCUUUUUGGUUUUUAAAUUUCAAAUUUAACCGGAAAGGAUGUACCAAUACCAAACGCGAUUAAGAUUGAUCCAUGCAGGUUUGUAAAACUUUUUUAUGGUCUUUUUUGUAAUAUCGCAAUUGCUCAGAUAAAAUAAUUUUUCAAAGUUUUCCACGAUGAGAUGAGAUUAACGACUAAAUCGGACUAUUUAAUUUUUUUAUUUUAUAAAGAGAUAAUAAUAUCAUUGUCAAAUUAUUUUAUAUGAAAAACGAUUAUAUCGACGUAAGUAUGUAUUUUUUAACACGUUCAGUUCUUUAAUUUAAUUUUUAUUACGAAGCAAGAUUAAGUUAGUAUAGUAUAGUAUAGUAUAGUAUAUAUUUAAUUUUUAUUCGAUAAAAAGAUAAUGAUUAAGUUUUCCGAAUCGUUUUAUUUGAAAAAUCAAAUUGAUAAAUAAUAUCAUUAUUUAUUUUAUGUUUGUUAUUGAUGAUUUUAGAUAUUCAUACAGGGCAGAACGUGUUAACGAAAACAUUUAUUAACAUUAGAUUAAUUAAAAGGAUAAAGUUACUUAGCAUUAUUGAACGAAUCCUUUAUUUUUGCGCAUUAUAUUGAUCAGUGCUAACCAUUGAACACUGUUUUAAUGAUUACUAAAAAGAAUAAUUAUAUCAUUUGUUUAAUAAUACCAUAACAAAAAAUAUUAUUUUAUUUUUCGUUCGAAAUAUCAUUUGUAUCCAUUUACAUCAAUUUACAACGACACAACGAUAAAUUCGAAAUAUUAGGUUAAUUUUACGAAAGAAGAUAUGCAAAUUACAAUGUCAAUUAUUUCGAAUAUCGUAUUAUUGUAAUUUUUUUUCUUUUUUUAAAUUCUUCGGCGAUAAAAUAAAAAAAUAAGAAUUGAUUCGAAA